AUGGGUAGUUGCUGUUCUCAUUCUGAAAAUAGAGAGGGUAACCAUCAAGGAGUUCAUCAAUAAUAAAUUAUACCUAGAGUAAUUGGAAGAUAGUAAUAAAAUGGGAAUGUAAUCUAGGAUGUGAAUGAAUAAUAUAAAAUAUACUUUGAUAUAAUAGAAUAACAAUUUAGUGGUAAGGGUUUAAAGAGAACAUAAGCUUAUAAAAGUCAUAUUGAUAUUGGCUAGAUUGAUAGGUUAAGAAAUGUUUUUUGGGGUAAGUAAUGAAUUAUAUAAUUGAUUUAAGAAACCAGAGUUGAGGGAAAACAAGAGAUUUGGUAGAUUUUAAGGUCGAUAAUAAAUGAGGAAGAGGGUAUUGGGAUAAAAGUAUAUUAGAAACUGCUCGAUUAUUAGUACAAGAGGCUGAAUUAAAACCAAUAAAGGAUUCCUUAUAACAUGUAUAUGAUAAAUUGGGACAAAAAUAUGAUGUACCAAUAUUUUGCAUAAAUGAUCCAAUAGAGUACUCAAAUGAGAAAUUUGAGGAUAGAGGUUUAAUUUAAAAUUACAGUAAUGAAUCUUUAAAAUUAAUAAUUCGAAGUGCCAAUCUCAAUGGUAAGGAUAUUGUAGUAGAAUGUAAGCAGAAUUAAAGUGUUAUUGAUUUGAAAGAAAUAAUAAAUGUUGAAUUAAAGAAGGAAAAUCAAAUUUAAUUUGAAUCCAUGAAAUUAUUUUACAAAGGAAAAGAUAUGCAAGAUAAUUAUCAAGUUGGAAGAUACAAUUUAAAUAAAGAAGCUAUAAUAACUGCAUAUCUGAAAAUACUGCCAAAGACAUGA